AUGGAGGGAGAAGAAGGAGGAGGGCUACGGCUGAGCAAGCGAAUCAACAAUGGAGAAGUUGAUUACAAGACCAAGUCCGGCACCGCCUGGAGCCACUCCUUCCUCAACCAGAAGCCAUGGCAUCCUCUCUCCUAUCCUAACCAGCGCCGCAAGUGGAUCGCCGAGCAGACCACCGCCCAGCAACAACGCCGCAACGAGGAAGUUGCUCGCGAGUAUGCUCAAGAGCAAGAAUUCUUCCGCCAGACAUCUCUCAUCUCCCAGAAAGAGAAGGAAAAGAUUGAGAUGAUGCAAGCUGUUAGUUUCAUGUACAUUCGCCCACCUGGAUAUAAUGCUGAAAGUGCAAAGGCAGCAGAGCUUGCUGAUGGGGAUAAGAAAAAGGUGCAAGAUAGUACCCUUAUGGACCCGACUGUUGGGGAAUCAGAAAGUAUGCCCAGCCAGGGCCUCCCAGUCGAAGAAAAGAAGAAACCAAGGCCUAAAGAUGUUUUUGGUCGCACUUUGCCCACUGAAGAACAGUUUGAAGUCCUAAAAAAUGCUCCAAGGCUAGAUACCGGUGUUGCGUCAAGGUCAAAACCGUUUGGAAUCGAAAUCCGAAAUGUGAAGUGUGUAAGAUGUGGAAACUUUGGUCACCAAAGUGGUGAUCGUGAAUGUCCCCUGAAAGAUGCUAUAAUGCCAAAUGAGGAGAGCCGUCUAAAACGCGAUGAUCCAUUGACUGCCAUCAUUGCUCAGAUGGAUCCAACUGAGCCGCUAAAGUGGGAGCUAAAGCAAAAACCAGGGAUGAGUCCUCCACGGGGAGGUUUUAAUCCAGAUGAUCCUAAUCAACAGAUCGUUGCAGAGGACAUAUUUGAUGAAUAUGGAGGCUUUCUCAGCGGUGGAGCUAUCCCCGAUUUGCUAACCAACUUUUCCCCUGCCAAGCUUAAAAAGAAGUCCAAGAGUCAUAAACGCAAGAUCAAGUCAUCAUCAAGUAGAGAAAGAAUAGUGGACGAAGAAAAUGCUUUAUCCUUUUCCUCUUCAGAGAGCGAGGAGCAGAGAUCAAAGAAGGAAAAGAGGAAAAAGAAGAAGAAUAAGAAAAGGGAACAAAAGUCGAAGCACUCUGAUCCAAGUUCGUCGGAUGAUUUGGUAGUUCGUGAUAGGCACUCGAAGAAAAGCAAGCACAGGAUUCAUUCAACAGAAGAUUCAGAAUACAAGCAGCGGCACAGAAGUGAAAAGUCAGGGGAGAAGCAUAGUCGCUCUUAUGAAGAAGACUCAGACAGAGAUGAGAGAAGUAGGAGGAGCAAGAAAUCUCGGACAUCUUCUUCUAGCUACAAGGAUCAUGGAAGCAAGAGCAGCAGCCGACAUAGGCAGGCUCACAGGUUUUCAUCUGAUGAUGAUUCCGAUUCUGACAGGCAUCCCGGAAAGAAACACGGUGGUUCAAGAAGGCAUUUGCAGUCGUCUCACAGGCAUUCGGUCGACGAUUUGGAUUCUGUAAGGCAUCACAGAAGCAAACGGAGCUCUCACCGUCGGGACCGGUAUGACUGA